AUGAAGCUUGAUGCAAAGAUGCUAAGAUAUAUGAAUACGGAAGAGUUCCGUGUUCUAACAGCUGUUGAAAUGGGGUCCAAAAAUCAUGAAGUUGUACCUACGUCUCUUGUUGCUCAAAUUGCGGGGUUACGUCAUGGCGGUAGUCAUAAAAUACUUGGAGAAUUAGCCAAAAAGAAUCUUAUUUCUAGAGUUGCCAAUGCAAAAUGCAUAUUAACAUAUGGUGGUUAUGACUAUCUUGCCUUGAAGACUUUUGCUAAACGAGGAAGUGUUUAUUCUGUGGAUGUAUACGUUGUUGCUGAUGAAAAUGAAAAUCAAUUUGCCUUAAAAAUACACAGACUUGGCCGAAUCUCAUUUCGAGCAAUAAAAUCAAAACGUGAUUAUCUUCAAAAACGGAAAUCAGCAUCUUGGAUGUACAUGUCAAGAUUAGCAGCCAUGAAAGAAUAUGCAUUUAUGAAGGUUUUAUAUGAAAAUAAAUUUCCAGUUCCAGAGCCAAUUGAUAAUGUCCGACAUUGUGUAGUGAUGGAACUAAUUGAUGCUUAUCCAUUGCGACAAAUAACUGAAGUACGAAAUCCGGGCCAACUCUAUUCUGAUCUGAUGAAUUUAAUUGUUAGGUUAGCCCAACACGGUCUUAUUCAUGGAGAUUUCAAUGAAUUCAAUAUCCUUGUGAAAGAACAUGGGGAACCUGUGUUAAUUGAUUUCCCACAAAUGGUAUCCACUUCGCACCCUGACGCAGAAUGGUUAGCUUUAGCUUAUAUGAGUGGAAAAAUAGUGUAUUUUAACCGCGACGUAGAAUGUAUUCGUACUUUUUUUAAGAGGAGGUUCAAUUAUGAGAGUACGUUGUAUCCAAAAUUUAAACUUGAUGUAAAUCGAGAAUUCAGUUUGGAUGUACAGGUUGCCGCAAGUGGAUUUACUAAACAAUGUCAACAAGAAUUGGAAUCGUAUCAAUUAGAAUUAGCGGAAUAUCCAAAAUCUGAUAGUGAACAAGAACUUGAUGAGAGCACACAAGAUGAAACGGACGAAUCUACCGAGACUGAAAGCAACCCUAUGAAAAAUACCAAUAUUAAUGAUGUAUCAUUAUUGGAGGAUAAUGAUCCCGUGAAUAGUGAUUCUGAAGAUAUUUCAGCAGAUAUCGAAUCAAUCUCAAUAGAAAAUAAUCAAGAUGAAAAUUCAAAUAUUGAUGUUGAGCCUUUAGACAAUCGUAAUUACAAAGUUUAUGAAGGUAUUAAAAAGCCCUCAAAUACCACAAACAAUCGCCUUACAGAAUCCGAGAUAAAAGAACGUGUUGCAAGAUCAUUCAAAAAAACCGCAAAAAACAAAACCAAAAAUAAGCAACAUUCUACAAGAAAUAAUAUUAAAGUCAAGGAAAAAAGAAGGGCUAGAGACAUAGCAAAAUAUGAUGGUAAAGAUGUUGGAAUCUGGGACUAA